CAUCUGAAUCGASUAUUUUGAUGUUUUUCGUCGACUUUAAUCCCGAAACGUUAUUAGUUGAUCACUUUGCAUGAUUAUUUCGAUCGGCACGCAUUUCGAUUACUUUAUAACGUAACUUUAAUGGGUUGUCGUUCGUCUACUCAAAGAGAAGAAAAUUCGGAAGAACUUUCGAGUUGGAAUCGUUCUUCUUUUCCACGACUYUCAGUGCGUUCACAUCGUCCUUUGGAAGUCCAUCGUCAUAACCAACAUUUGUAUGAUGUGGUUAUUCAACUCAAGCACGAAGACAAGGAUAUUUACGCUUGCUGUUUUCCAAGCGACGACGAUGGGGUGCUUUUGUCUGCUUCGAAAGUCGAACAAACGACGUUUCUCCGUCAUACUCGCGACUUUUCCUCGAUAAGAUUAUGGGACUUGAACCGACGDCAAAUUAAUACAGGAUUUCUGGCUGAUUUUCCCCGCUCUUUUCGCUCGUGUGAUUUUUCACCAGAUGGGCAGCUGGUCGUGUGCGUCUUCAGUGAAGAUUCGCUGGCUUUAGUCCGUAUGAGAUCCUGGAAGACAACGAGCGCCGAGGUUAUACACAUGAGACGAAUAUGGCGUAGUCGAGGAAGUUUAUUAUGUUGUACAUUCUCCCCCGAAGGACGAUCAAUCGUUGUGAUCGCGAGAUUGGCAGGCAAUAUCAACCACAUUUGUAUGAUUGACGUCAAUUCGCGAAAAAUGAUCAAAAAGAUGAGCCCAACUUUAUCGUCGAAAAUCCGCGGUUUUGUAAAAUCCUGCGUCUUCUCGCCCGACGGUCUCUUUCUUUCCGUGUCAACUUCGAGCGGGCAACUUAUUCUGUUUGACAUUCAAGAUCUACAUAUCUAUGAAAGUUUAGAUCUUGACAAUCACGUUAGUACGCCGUGUCUGUGUGACCCGUUCCAUCAGGGUUCGAGGAGAUCRAUUACUUUGUCAAUGCAGUGUUGGUAUUUAUUUGAUCCCCGCUAUGGUCACAAGUAUCUGGCAUCGUGCCUGGAAGAUGGYACCGUUCAAACCUGGACAAUGAAAGACGAGCCAGGUUUAACGUGUAUUCAAAGCGUCAACGUUCUACAAACACCAUGGCAGAAAAUUUCCUCUGCUAGCUUCUCUCCAGAUGGUUACAUUCUUGCUAUAGGGACAUCAGAUUCUAAGAUUCUGUGCUUAAACUCUGAAAGCCUUGAUCUGAUGUUCACUCUCAAUGCACACAUUCAGCCUGAYGGGUUGAGAACAUGGUAUCCAAACACUGAGGUAUCUUGCUUGGCUUUUACACGUACAUGCCAGCAACUAGCGGCAGGUUACAAUGAUGGGCGGAUACGAAUCUGGCAGCUCCCCCCUACGAUCAACCUCCAACACUUAUGCAGACUGAUCAUCAUUAGGUGUAUUCCAGCCAAUGAAAUCCCACGAUUACCUCUGCCRUCUCAUCUGUUAAGAUACCUUCUAUAUUCACCUUUAAAACACAUCUAGUUUACCUUAUUUUACUUGAAACAAUAGAUCAUGCUGUGAAAGGAUAAAGCUUGUUGUCUGAAGGGCCAGUAUUCUAAAUGUUGGGAUGCUUUUUUCAUUGCCUUUGCUAGUCACCGGCAGCCCAGCUAUUGCUUACGUGUAUAUAGAACAUCGCAUUUAUAGUGGAUGACYACAUGCAAAUCCUUGUAAAAUUCACUCUGUUCAUUUUUGAUGUCAACUCUUUGCUACUUUACAUUUUAAGCAAUUUAGGGUAAUCCAAGRUAGCAUGGAAAGCUACCCACAAUUGUUCUUUUUAAUGUGGUGAGAAAAACAAAAACCUUUGCAGGACCUUGUUCAAACUUCCUACAAAUAACAUAUUACUGAAACUGUAUAUAAACCGAAAGAUGUUGUGGUUAAGUGUGGUGUGAGUGAUGGCAUGUUGUUUUGAUAAGAGGGCAUUCAUUAUAUCCUUGCAGCACCUAAUUUAUUUUGUUAAGAUUAAUGCAUUAUAAGACAAAGUUACUACUGUUUAAAAAAAAUCUGAGUUCCUACAAUAUCUCUAGAAUGUUAGAAGUGUUUUGUGACUCCACAUUUUUGGCAAAAAUAAUACAAAUAAAAACAUUGUUUAAGAAGGCAAUUAUUUAACAGAAAAAAAAACAGAUUUUCUUGAUUCUAGGUUUGGUUUCACCUGUCUAAAUAAAGCUUUUAUGAGAAAGUUAGCAUCACUAGAAACAUGUGUCCAUAUUGUAGGUGCCCACACAUUGAUCGAAUCAACUGUAAAAUUGUACAAAUUAUUUCAAAUCCUUUGUCUUCUAUUUGUUAAUAUUAGUGCAGUUUUGUAUAAUUUUUCAGAAAGAGUUUCAUGGAUGUAGUAAUUGCACACUAUGCCAGUCAACAAUGUUCGUUUUCUUAAUCAAAAAUUUAUAUUUAUUUAUUAUUAUAGCUGAUCAUAGUACGUACUCUCUGAUUGGUCAAAUGUUAUUGUUUAUUUCACCGGUAAACACACGGAUGGGAAAAUGCUAUAAUAUAAAGCAAUAAACAACAUAUUUUGCACUUGGGAUAUUGGGAACAAAUGUGUUGUUGAUACACCUUUUCAGUUGCUCUUAGGCCUCAACAGCAUGUUGAAUAUUCUUUUGAAUUUGUAGGAAUGUGAGCAAUACAAACAUUGAUAUGAAUAGUCUCAUUUGUCAAAUUCAAAAGAAUAAUUAACUUGCUAUCGAGGCCUAAAGGUGCAACUGAAAAGGUGUAUUGCUUGAUGUCAUAACAACCCAGUCACAAAUUCAAUUUUAUUGUUUAUUUAAAUAUUUUACCAUUGGUCUGGUUACAAUGGUAUAAUUGUAAAAAUCUAAUAUAUAUAAUUCAUAUGUAAAUACUUUAUUGCCCAGAAUCUUAUCCCCAAUACGUUUGUKAAAUUAUUGUUAUAGUGAUAAAUGUAAUAUAUACGUUUGAGAGUUAU